GUCCAUCAUAUUUCUCUGCUGCUGCUACUCUCUCUCUCUGCUUUCUUCUUCUUCUCUCAAGAGAUAGAUAGAUAGUUUUGAUUCAAAAAAAUCUCCUUCAUCUUCUUACUUCGAUAUCUUCCAAGUAGAAUCCUAAUCCCUCUUCCGCUUCAACAAUCAGAAUUUGGGUUUGGCGAAAGAUGCUAACUUUGAAAGUGAGACUAAUCGUUUGAGUCAAAAACAUGCGAAUUUUGUGUGAUGCUUGUGAGAGCGCCGCCGCUAUCGUCUUUUGCGCCGCCGACGAAGCUGCCCUUUGUUGCUCCUGCGACGAAAAAGUUCACAAGUGCAACAAGCUGGCUAGUCGGCAUCUUCGUGUAGGCUUAGCUGAUCCGAGUAAUGCGCCAAGCUGUGACAUAUGCGAAAAUGCACCCGCAUUCUUUUACUGUGAGAUAGAUGGUAGUUCCCUUUGUCUACAAUGUGACAUGGUAGUACAUGUUGGUGGCAAGAGAACACACAGGCGGUUUCUGUUGCUGAGACAGAGAAUUGAGUUCCCAGGCGAUAAGCCUAAUCACGCCGACCAACUGGGAUUACGGUGUCAAAAGGUUUCCUCUGGUCGCGGUCAAGAAUCAAAUGGAAAUGGUGAUCAUGAUCAUAAUAUGAUUGAUCUGAACUCCAAUCCUCAAAGAAUACACGAGCCUGGAUCAAAUCACCAAGAGGAGGGUAUUGAUGUAAAUAACGCAAACAAUCAUGAGACUGAAAAGUGAUCACAGAUACACAAGAUCAAAUAACAAAGCUUGGAAGAGAUA